UUUUCCAGUAAGACGAACUGCACCAUUGCCAGGAGCUGCCAUGGCUGGAAAACUCUCCCAAGAGGAAUUGGAAGAGAUGAAGGCUGCUUUUGAAUCAGGAAGCCUCCUGGGAGCAGCAACAAAACUGCAGGAGGAGCUGGAGUCAUUAAAAAAUCAAUCACUUGACAUCGCCGUCACUGGGGAGUCCGGCUCUGGAAAAUCAUCCUUCGUCAAUGCCAUCCGGGGCCUGAGAGAUGAAGAUGAAGGUGCUGCUAAAACUGAGGUGGUUGAAUCAACAAAGGAUCCAGAGGCUUAUUCUCACCCUGUACUCCCCAAUGUAACAAUAUGGGAUCUGCCAGGAAUCGGGACUCCCAAGUUUCAGCCACACACUUACCUCAAACAGGUAAACUUCAGCCACUAUGACUUCUUCAUUAUCAUCGCCACAGAGCGUUUCACUUUCCUCCAAACCAACCUUGCUCAGGAGAUUCACAAGAUGAGAAAGAGGUUUUACUACGUGCGCUCCAAAGUGGAUUCCGACUUGCAUGCGGCUCAGACCCGCCGGCCCAGCACCUAUGAUGAGGAUCAGAUCCUGCAGGAAAUCCGGGAGAACUGCAUCAAGAACCUGAAGAAAGAAGGGGAGGCCUCCCCGCGGGUUUUCCUGAUCUGUAGCUGGAACUGGAAGAAGUAUGAUUUCCCGCUCUUGCAGGAGACGCUGGCGAAUGAGCUGGAUGCUCACAAGAGACACGCUUUCAUCCUGUCCCUGCCCAACAUCUCAGCAAAAAUCCUGGAAAAGAAAAAGGCUGAACUGAAGAAACAUGUUUGGAAACUGGCCCUUGUGUCAGGUGCUAUUGCCGCCAUUCCUGUUCCAGGUCUGUCAUUGGCUUGUGAUGUAGCCAUCUUGGCGGUAAACAUGAAACUUUACCUCAUUGCCUUUGGCUUGGAUGAUAAUUCCCUUGCUAGACUCGCUAAGCAGGUUGGCAAGCCCGUUGCAGAACUGAAGUCUGUUAUUAAAACAGUCCCAAUGGCCGACUCAAUAUCAAAAGAGUGGGUGGUGAGUCUACUGGCCAGGUCUGGAUGUGCUGCAGUGAUGAUAGCUGAAGAUCUUUUAGAUUUUGUACCAAUUAUUGGUCCUUUGUUAUCUGGAGGAGUUUCCUUUGGAACCACGUACUACAUGCUGAAACGCUUUCUGAAUGAUGCUUCCAAAGAUGCCCAAAAUGUUCUGGCCAAAGUUCUGUCUUAAGCAAAAGGUAAAGAGUACAAGAGUACAGCAACAAAAGAUCCACCUCUACCUCACAGAGUAAAGGCUUAAAAUCCUUUUCAACUGUAUCAAAAAUCUCUGAGAGUGGAUUA